AUGAAUAGGCUCCUGGUGGAAAAUAUUGUUCUGGCUGGAGAUCUAGUAAGCGGAUACCAUAAGAAGCAAGGACCGAAGCGCAUCACCAUCAAAGUCGAUAUUGCUAAGGCGUUUGAUACCUUGUCGUGGGAGUUUCUGUUCAACUGCCUAGCAGGUCUUCAGUUGCCGGAGGUGAUGUUGCGCAGGCUGAGAGCAUGUGUUUGUACAACCAGCUUCAUGUUGGGAUACAAUGGUACGGUGCAGGGGGACUUCAAGGGAAAACGCGGGUUGAGGCAAGGAGAUCCUUUAUCCCCUUAUCUGUUCGUAAUAGCUAUGAACGUACUAUCAGUUAUGCUGAAUAAGGCGGCUGCGGAAAUGAAGAUAAAAUAUCACGCGAAGUGCAGUUCUUCGAAGUUAACCCACCUCUGUUUUGCGGAUGACAUACUUAUGUUUAUUGAUGGUUCACUCUCCUCUGUCCAAAAUGCGCUUCAAGUCUUGCGGGAAUUUGAGCUACGCUCCGGCCUUGCUGUCAGUGUCCAGAAAUCGUCGUUUUUCGCAUCAGGCAUGUCACAACAAGAGUUAGACACUAUUAAAGCCUCUACGGGAAUGCCACAUGCUUCUCUACCAGUAAGAUAUUUGGAUGUUCCCCUAACCACCAAAAAACUCUCCAUUCAUGACUGCGAGGUUCUAAUUCAGCAAGUAAAAGGAUCAGUGUGGGUGGCUUGGUUUAGGAGUGAAGUCCUAGAUGGGAACCUAAGUAAUUACUGGACGGUGAAGACAAAUCCUAGAUUCUCAUGGCUAGUCAAUAAACUUAUCAAGAUGAGGGAAGUGGUGUUUACCUGGAUCAAAGUACAAGUGGAAAAUGGUAGGAAUUGUCGAUUCCGGACAGACAACUGGUCACCUUAUGGAUCGCUUGAACACUUCCUACUGCGAGGCACAGGCUCACGGUUUGGAAUUGCUAAAACUGCAACUCUUUCGGAUCUUCAUAUGGAAGGACAGUGGGCUCUCCCUCCUGCAAGGUCUGACGAGUUUCUUCAGGUUCAAAUCUACCUAACAACUUUACAUAUCACUGAAGAGGAAGAUAGACAUGAGUGGGUACUUACUGGCUCUCCCUCGACCCGCUACAUCACGGGAGAGGUUUACAAGAAACUGCGAGGAGAGGAGGAAGAAGUGUCUUGGGCGGGGAUAGUCUGGACUAGUGGAAGCAUACCGAAGCAUAGCUUCUUGACAUGGCUAUUCAUCUUAAACCGUUGUCCGACGAGAGAUCGACUAAUCCAGUGGGGGUUUCGGACUGACUCAGCUUGUCUUCUCUGCAACGGUGAUGUUGAAUCGCGUGAUCACAUCUUCUUUCUUUGUCCAUAUACUUGGGAAUUGUGGAAGACAGUCUCAGGCAGAUGUGGAAUUAUCCCUGCGAGGGCAUGGAAUGAUUCAGUAGAUCAGAUGAAGAACUUGGCUGGGAAUAGACUCAGGAAGAGGCUCACAUGUAUUGCUUGCCAAGCAACUAUCUAUUGGAUUUGGAGUGAGAGGAACAAUCGUCUUCACCGUCGACAAUUCCGAUCUUCGGAUGGCAUCUUCAGACUUCUGGAUAGGCAAAUCAGAGACAAAAUUCUUUCCUUUCGACAGCAAUCUCCAGCGAACGCCUCUAAGCUCAUGCAAAUGUGGCUUUGA